AAACGGCACAAAAUAUCAGAAGCCUCGGUUCCCCUGAGGAGUGGCGUCUGAGCGAGCACGCGCACGCACGCUCAACGCUAAACUGACUGUCAAUGUUCGAAAGCAAGUUGAGUCCAGUGGUUGAGUCCAGUAAAUCAAGCGAGUGAGUAAAACGCGACACUUUCAUUGUUUUUCUCUCUCAGUUUAUCACCUUUUAUUGUUGCUUUUGGUUGGUAAUGCACAGAAAAACAGUUUGCUGUUAAGUUCAUGUCUCUAUUCAGUUACUCCGGCUGGCCAAUAGAGUCGCCGUUACUUCACACAGGCUGCAGUCUGACAAAUCCAAACGCUAAGAAUAAUGCGAUUUCAGUUUUUUAGAAGUUAAGGAAACGUGUUUGUUGCUCACUGUUUUUAAUCGUCCGUGGAUUCGCGCCGCAACCUCGCGGCUCUGUAACUAUGGGCAACCGGGGGAUGGAGGAGCUGAUCCCGCUGGUGAAUCGCCUGCACGAUGCCUUCAGCGCCAUCGGACAGAGCUGCAACCUGGACCUGCCGCAGAUCGCCGUGGUCGGGGGUCAGAGCGCAGGCAAGAGCUCAGUCCUGGAAAAUUUCGUGGGCAGAGAUUUUCUUCCAAGAGGCUCAGGAAUUGUUACGAGGAGACCACUUGUCCUUCAGCUCAUCAGUGCCGCCACAGAGUAUGCAGAGUUUCUACACUGUAAAGGGAAGAAGUUUACAGACUUUGAUGAGAUUCGACGGGAGAUUGAAGCAGAGACAGACAGAGUCACGGGAUCAAAUAAGGGCAUAUCCUCCAUUCCUAUCAACCUUCGUGUCUACUCUCCAAAUGUUUUGAACUUGACUCUAAUAGACCUUCCAGGCAUAACUAAAGUCCCAGUGGGAGAUCAACCCCCUGACAUUGAAUACCAGAUCAGAGACAUGAUCAUGCAGUUCAUCUGCAAGGAAAAUUGUCUCAUCCUGGCUGUCACUCCUGCUAACAUGGAUCUGGCUAACUCUGAUGCUCUUAAAUUGGCCAAAGAUGUGGAUCCACAGGGCCAACGCACCAUCGGUGUAAUCACUAAGCUGGAUCUGAUGGACAAGGGCACGGAUGUCAGGGAUGUGCUGGAGAACAGGUUACUGCCACUUCGCAGAGGUUAUAUUGGUGUGGUAAACCGUAGCCAAAAGGACAUAGAUGGAAAAAAGGACAUAAGUGCAGCUUUGGCUGCAGAGAGACGGUUCUUCAAAUCACAUCCAGCGUACAGGCACAUGGCAGACUGCAUGGGGACUGCAUACUUACAAAGGGUCCUUAACCAGCAACUUACCAACCACAUUCGUGACACAUUACCAGCGUUCCGUAGUCAACUGCAGGGUCAGCUUCUCUCAUUGGAUAAAGAGGCAAAGGAGUACAAGUUUCUGAACUCAGAUGACCCCUCACGCAAGACUAAAGCCUUAAUGCAGCUGAUACAACACUUUGGGCUGGACUUUGAGAAGAGAAUCGAGGGAUCCGGUGAUCAGGUGGAGACAGUGGAGCUGUCAGGAGGUGCCAAAAUCAAUCGUAUCUUUCAUGAGCGUUUCCCUUUUGAACUAGUUAAGAUGGAGUUUGAUGAGAAAGAAUUACGAAGAGAGAUCAGUUAUGCUAUUAUAAACAUCCACGGCAUCAGGACCGGUCUGUUUACACCUGAUAUGGCCUUCGAAGCCAUAGUGAAGAAACAGAUUGUAAAACUUAAAGUCCCAUGUCUCAAGUGUGUAGACAUGGUGAUCCAGGAGCUCAUCAACACAGUACAACAGUGUACCAACAAGUUAGAGACCUUUCCCAAACUACGGGAGGAGACGGAGAGGAUAGUGACCACACACAUUCGGCAGCGAGAGAGUCAAGCCAAGGACCAGGUAUUACUUUCACUAGAGAUUCAGCUCUCUUACAUCAACACAAACCAUGAAGAUUUCAUUGGAUUUGCAAAUGCUCAACAGAAAACCAAUCAAACGACCAUUAAAGCUUCAGCAGUGAACCAGGGCGCUGCACCUCCACCACCCAGUCAAAUUGUACGAGUCCAGUGUCUGUAAGCCUUACCUACUGUCCACCAGUGUCAAACAUUGUGUUUGUUUGUAUGUCAAAAGCCAGUUUGUCUCUGAAUGUAGCAGAAUGUUUUCCGCCUUUUCUUUUUUCCUCCUUUUUGUCUGGCGUUGUGGUCACAUAAAUCAUACACAAGGCAUUCUGGGACUCAGGAAUUUAGAUUUUGUUUACAAGAAAUUUUUUUAACACAAUAUGCAUGUCAUUGUUCUUCAGGCACUACAUUUCCCUACUUCUUUAGUUUUGGUACAGUCCAAAACAGGACUCAUUUGACAUCUGAGCUCUUUUUCUGAAUCCUGAUUCGCCCAGCAGUGUCUUUUAUGUAUUAAAACUCAAACAGAAAUCCUGAACCGCAUUCUCAAACCUUUUUCUAUUAACAAUAACCUGCUUUGUUUAUUCUUUUGUACUUUAUCAUUGCAAUUUAUUUAUUUAAGUACUUUAAUUCUUUUUCUAUCUGUGAAUGAACCUCCUUUUGGUUUGCAGCACUUUAAACACACAAGUAAACAGAUGUGUGCGUGAGUGUGUGAGCUAAUGUUAAAAACAGAAUGGAAUCUGAAACUCCCCUCUGAUCUUAAUCCAUUUGGUGUGUGUGUUUGAUUCCUAAAGUUAAACAAAAAUGAUGCCGUGCUGCAAACACAAAGGCAAGUACAGUCACAAAUCAAAGACGUUUUUGUCUUGUUGUAUUAUUAUGUUCUUCAUUUUUGGAUGUUUAAUUGAAACGGUAGGUGAUAAAAUGCAUUAAAAUGUCAUCUAUUCAAAAUAUUUAUUUUGCUGUUUGCUUUUCUGUUUAGUUCAACUAUGGUGAUAUAAAUAUUUUCAAUCCAUUCGUUUAAUAGUGUGAUUUCGCAAUUGCUUAUAAUAUUGCUAAACUGAACAGAUGACGCACAGGAUAAAGCUCUGUUUUCACACUCAGGCCCUUGAUCAGCCAGAAAGUGACUCAUAUUUCCUAUGGGAUGUUUUGGGCCUUUUCCCCCUUUUCAUUUGCUAUCCUGACACUCUGCUUCCUUUUUUAUCAUCACCCCCGCCCUCUCAUCCCCUUCCAAGUAGCUUUUAUUUUAAAGCAUUACUGUUCUAGAUCUGAUCUGAUCUGUCUGUCUAUCCAUAUAUCUAUCUGUCAAGACCUCCAUCACUGUUUUAUCCAUCAAUAUGCUUUGCUGUAUAUUGAAUAUUUAGAUAUAGAUUUGACCUGCUUACCUUGACUUUCUUGAUUUUAAAGGAGCAGAGAAUCUCUCAGUUUUUUUAAUAUACCAUGAACCCAGACCUUUCACCCCUUUCCUUGCCCCUCAGGUGAUCCGUAAGGGCUGGUUAACCGUCAACAACAUCAGUCUAAUCAAAGGAGGAGCCAGGGAAUACUGGUUUGUGCUCACAGCUGAAAGCCUGUCCUGGUUUAAAGAUGAUGAGG